GGUCUGAUGGGAGUGCAGAGAGACGUAGUCAGUGCAGAGAGGAUUGCUGAGUGACUGACAAGCCUGUCAGUCAGGUGGCUUUAGGAGCAGUCUGGCUGGAAUUAGGACAAUGACAUUGUUGUGUUUGUGCUGCUGAGAGCUGGUUUGCACCUGUUCAUUUCACUGACUGAGGGGGAACCUCGCAGCCCUGAGGAUACCCACUGCAGACGCAGCAGCAGAAGCAGACUUAGAGUGGAAUUUCCCUCCUGUUCCCAGGCUGGGGCCGGGGGCGAAUGGUCGCUCUGAGAAUCUGAGCAGAACUCAGGAAGGAGAGUGAGAGGAAGGGUGGGAGGACAGCCAGAGAGGGAGAGGAAGAGAAGCCAGGAGUGGACAUUAGAGGAGACAUGCUUCGCUACGGUUCAAGACCAACUGUUUCCACCACCACCACCACAACAGAGGACUCUCCAGAGGCUUUAGGGGAGAGGAGAAUCAGACGCCUGAGACUGACUCUGUAUCCCGGAGAAAAUGGAAACAAGGAGCCAAAAAAUGAAAAGUCAGACACUACUGAAAAUGAAAAAGAUGUCAAUGGGAUGUGGAAGAGGAAGAACGGGCUCAUCCAAAGAGAGAGUCCACCUGGCCAGGAGUCACCUCAGCAGCACCUCGGAGACAUGACCAAUGGGGUGCCAGAGACCUCGCUGCAGCAUCAUGGGCCCAAAGUGUAUGGUGUAGUGCAGAGGACAGGCUCAGAUAGACAGGAGGUGCUGGCACGCGAGUGGACAACCAGUCACCUACAGGAUGAGAUGAGAUACAUCAGGGAGGUGAGAGAUUCUCUUGAAAAGGUUAGAGAGCGGAUGUACGGACAGUUUGGAGGAAUGCAGCAAUCAAUGCAGAAGCUUUCGCAGGAACUCAGGGCUGCCAAUGCACACAAGAGGAGUCUAGAGUCAGAGGUUAAGAUCCGCACGGCAGCCAUGGAGAACUUUGAUCAGAUGAACAGUUCCCUCAUAUCUGCUAACCUCACCUUGCAGAAAUCCCUUCUGGACGACUGUCAGAAGAGAGUGAGCUCGAGAGACGAUGUGAAAAGUUUGCGGAGCACCUAUGAGAAAACACAACAACAGCUCAGAGACAAGGAGCGCGAGCUGGCUGCAGUACAGGCUGAAAACCAAACUCUCAGGCUUCAGGUGGAGUCUUCACGGGAGGCCAACGAUAAGGCGCUAAAGGAGCUCUCGGAAAAGCUAGAGAAAGAGUAUGAGGAAAAGCUGCUGGAAGAACAACGCAGGCACAGGGAGGAGAUUGAAAACCUACAGGCCCAACUCGAUGAGUACAUCAGACGACUGGAAGAAGCGGAGAGAAACAUCAAAAUCGCAGAAGCCAAGAUUGCAGAGAGGGACCAGAGGAUCAUGGAAGUGGAGCGUCUCCUGGACUGCAUGGGAAAAGAGAAGAGCCAACUGGAAAAGCAGCUGAAGGACUGCGAACAGCGCCUACGCCUGAUGGAGGUGACGGACAGAACUGACGAAACUGUAGCCAAAAGGUCCAAAGAGCUGGAAGGUGAAGCAGGUGAUCUCCGCGAGAGGAUCAAACACUUGAACGACAUGGUGUUCUGUCAACAGAGGAAGGUCAAAGGAAUGAUUGAGGAGGUCGAAUCUCUGCGAGCUCAAGUUGCUCAGAAGGACAUGUUCAUCUCUGAGCUUCUGGACAGGAUUGCAAUAGUGGAGUGUGAGAAUAAUGAAUUAGAAGACAAGCUCAAGUAUUUUAUGUCCACACAGAAUAAGACGCAAGAGGUUUUGGAAACCAGAGAGAAAGGAGUAGGCUGUGAUCUGCUCCCCAGACAUGAAGCACAGAGGUAUGAUGUUGAACCUGUUCAGUGUGAACCAACUCAUCUCUUUCCCAUCCAACCCCCAUCACCUGAUCAUCCUCUAUCACCUGUGAAACUCCCAUCACCCACCGAACCACUGUCACCGACACAGCCUUUAUCACCCACUCAUCCUCUAUCACUUAGACCAAGCCCUUCCUCCAUAGCGCCCUCAUCCCUGGCACAACCCUCAUCAUCACCUCCCAUUCAACAUCCAUCGAUCUCUCUAACACUGCCCACUCAGCCAAGGACGUUUAAGCUUAAUAACCCUCCCCCCAGCAGGCUACAUUCAAGUUUACUAAAGUACACUCCUGUCCAGUACAGCCGCUUCCUGGAUUCCAGACCCUCACAGGAGCAUGGGACAUUCUCCUACAUCCACCCAUCUGAGUCUGAAGCUGGUGUCAGUCCGGUCCAGCCUGGAGAAGACGAAUUGGACGCACAAACAAGCAGAGGCACACCCUCCAUACAAGAAGAGUCCACUUCAUCCCCGCCCUCUUCUCAACCACGAUCAGGAGUGCGAGUUUAUACGCCGUUCAUGAAACUUAUGGAAAUGACAGCAAAGAUAAACAUAGAUUAAAGUUAAGUAGCAGUCCUGGAAAAUGCAUGAGCCAAGACUUAAAUAAGGAGAGUCAAUGAAGCUAUGAAGCCAUUUAACUUAGUAUAAUUACUGAAAACAGGGUUAACAAGUAACGCACAAACUUCUUUUCAUAAGCAACAAAAUCAAAAAUAACAUUUUAUCAAACUGGGAGUGAAAAAAAAAAACUGGAAAUUAAAAGAAACUCACGGAAGUCAUUGUCCCCAGUUACAAACUAGUUUGAUCCAGAUUCCCUGUCAGAUGAUAGCUUAGUUUCCAUGUGGAUGACAACAUGAGUGAACAGUUUAAUUACUUUUCUUUAAACCUGUUGACAGUUGGAUUUUAUUUUGUGUUUCCUCUCUCUUUUUGUAUCAGUGCUAAGUACAGAGCUAACCUGUAUGUCAACAGUAAAUAUGUAGCUAAAGCUAAAUAAUAGUAUCCUCUAACUCAGUCUGCGUAUGCUGGGAAAGAGACAAGCGUAUUAAAAAACUGGUUGGAGUAGUGCAGUAGUAACAUCCUUUAUUAUUCUCUUACUUGAGCUUAACAUUUACGUACUAUAUGGACCAUAAAAUUGUCAAAUUGUUCACAGCAAAUUGUAAAAAAUAACAGUCUUAAAAACAAAUUUUAAUAAUGUAAUAUGAUAACAUACUCUGUGUUGGUAUAUAACAUAGAGUAACGUUAACUUUAGGAUUGAAAGUGAAAAAGUGGUGAUGUAAAGUCAGGUUAGCCAUUAAAACAUCAGCUAGUGUGCUUCAAGAAUACCGCUGACUCAGAAUACAUAUGCAAAAUAAUAAUAUGUAAAUAAACUACGUGGACAGAACUACCGACCUAGCUGCACAUUACUCACGGUCUGACAUCCCCGUGUUGAUGUUGUUAUCAUCAUAAUAAUGUUGAUCCAGCAUCAACAUUACACCUGACCAAUGACGUUGGAGCAUUCAGUGAGCCAAGCAUUAGCUUAGAAUUUAGCCACAUUCUAAGCUAAUGCUAAACGGCAUUAGCCAACCUAACUUGAUAAUGCCAGUUGGCUAACAGCCAACCUAACUUGAUAAUAUAUUUAUUACAUUGCAUAACUUUAUAAAGAAUAUGGUUAAUAAAACACACAACGUUUUAUAUAAACAAAAGAAUCCCCCCCUCCUCUUUUAUCAACAAAGUGAAUGGUCAGUUGCAAUGUUGAUCCUGGACCAAGAUUAUUAUGAUAAUGCAGGGACAACACCAACACUGGGAUAUCAGACACAACACAACACACAGCACACCUGCAGGAGCUGCUCUACCAUGUAAACCCAUGCAACGGGAGCAUUAAAGUGUGCUCUUUGGAACAACCAAUUCUUUGUAAAUACAGACUGCCUGGCCAGGCAUUUGACUUUAUACAACUGAAUUCUUGUAUUAAUAAGAAUUGUCUAAUAUUUUUGUCCAUAUAGUGAAAGUAAGAGGGUUACUUAUGCAAUCAGAGCUGUUAAUAUUAACUAGACCAAAGAGUGGAAUUUUUUCCCUUAAACUUCUAUUGUCUUUGGUCAAUUUUUAUUUAUUUAUUUUUACAAAUAUUCUUUUAAAAAUGUACUAACACAAGAAUCAGUUUUAAAUCAUUUUAAAGCUGGCACAUCCAUGUCAGUAAUAUCUCACUCAUUUAUGUCGGAGAUAAUGAUUUUUGGCCAGUGAAGCAAAAAAAGUCUUAUGUGGGUUUCUGUCCCAUGUUUGCACAUAGCUCUAAUAAUGAUAAAAGUAGCUUGAUGUAGGAUGUAAAUGAUGUGAUGCUAUGUAAAAAAUAUUUUUCUAACUGAUAUAAUAUGGAAUAUAUUUCUUUUGUUUACAGUGAAUCUAUUCUAUUCAUGUUGCUCACUGAGCUAUGAGCGUUCAGUCCUAUAUGAAGGUCGAUAUGGUUAUUGCGUGUAUUUUCCUAUCAUUUUAUAUGUGGUCUGUACAAAUUAAAGAUAUUUUGUUACUGUCAAUAAUAUAAUAUUUAUUACCAUGCUUUGUGCCUUUGUGACAGCCUACUCUGUGAUCCUGGUGGUGAAAGGAAAGCUAUUUUAAUUGGAAGCAGGGUAAUGUGGUAAAAUAGGACGUGGUAAAUUCUUGAGAAAUCUGUUAUUAACGAUAUUAACUUUAAUGAGGUGACUGCCGUUCCUGAGCCACUGGCACAAGUGUUAUCCAGGUGUUGACUGUACUGCCACAGCUGUGUUUGAAAUAGUUUUAUGAUGUGCCUUUUCCUCGUUGAUACAUAUAAUACUACGAUUAAUGAUGAGAGGCCAGCAUCUGUUUGGAUAAUAAAGACUGUGCAAAUGA